GCACUAUGUGUUGCAGACUAUAUUAAGACAUGGCCCAGAGAUUUUAGCUCAAUAUGGAAAAGAAAAUUGACUGGAACUUCAGUACUGUUCCUGGUGAACAGAUACAUGUUGCUCUUGUCUGUUAUGAUUCAAGCAAUACCUGGUUUUCCUGGAAAUGGAACAGAUGAACAGUGCCAAGCAUUAAACAUAAUAUAUCCAAUUUGUGGAAUUUUGGCCUUAGUUGCAACCAAUGUUCUUUUUGCCCUGAGGGUUUAUGCAAUAUAUAGUAGAAAUAAAGUGAUUUUUGGAAUAGCUUCUGCAUUUAUCAUUUCAAGAUUCACACUUGAUAUAUGGAGUACAGUACUAGAAGUUAGUGUUUCCACAAUUGGAUCUCCAUCUCAAAACCUCUCAAGGUGUGGGCUAAGCAUUAAUAAUAUAGAUCAAUACACUCAACUGUUGAUUUUUCUAGUUGAACUGGCUAUUCCACUGUUGGCAUUGGGAUAUGACAUUUUCAUCUUCAUUCUAACUGCUAUAAAGACUGUGCAACAUUCACUGGAAAUGCAAAGGCUCAAUCAAUCUAGUAUUACACAAAUAAUCAUCCUCAGGAAAUUUAAAUGUAUGUCAUUGUAUCCAAAAAGAUUGCCCAACAUUCUCAUCAGCCGCCUGAUGCUCAACUUGCGCACAUAUUCUGAACCUGGCAAUACCACAAUAUCCCAAGGUCAACAGACCCGUGUGUCAUCAUUGAACUUUGCUUCCAACCAGAUGUUGGGGAAUAUUGGUGCUCCAUUGGAUGGGAGAUCUUUCAAUGAGGAAGAAGAAGAAGAA